AUGUCGCAUCAAAUGAUUGGAGAUUCAGGAGAGCUCAUUAUGAAUAUUUUGGAUGAUGAUAAUUUGUUUGAAGAUAUAUUUUAUAUUUCUGAAGAGGAUGACGAUGAAGAAAAUGAUGAA